CCUUCAAGAAUGCCGCUUCUACUCGCCCAAUCUGUAACGGCACAGCCAACCCUCCUCUUGUUUUGGCUACAGAGAACUUUUUGCCUUCGGUUCCCGUUUCCUAGCCUCUCAGCCGUCACCGUAUCUUAGAUGCGGAUUUGAGUAAACUUCAAGUCGCCGCCCAUUUCUUGAAGUGUCGUUUAUAUAGAGCCGCCAUUUUCCCCACGUUUCUAUGUACUUUUAGCAAUUUUUCUCUGAAGGAUCAAAGCCUUCUGUAUACGCCGUAUAUAGGCGUAUAGGCUACGUUUUGAGCGCAGUGUUAAAGGUUACUAGCAGCAGUCGAAGCGCGUUUUUUGAGGUGAAAGCGGCACUAGGGCCUGGCCGAGCGGAAACGCAUUACUCUUUCGCCGCCAUUUCCUAAGAACGCAGCGCGUACCGCUACAGCCGCCCGGCUUUCUGUGUUUGGAGAGGUGAAGUGACUCUUCAAACCGUCUCCAGUGUCCUGGACGAGGAUAUCGGUCGCCAUGUGUACGUGGGCAACAGAAGGCGAAACUGAGACUACCCUCACAUCUAGCAUGAUGUUGAACACGGAAGGCGGUGAGGGUUAUGUCGUAAAAGUGCGGGGAUUGCCCUGGUCCUGCUCCGCAGAUGAAGUGCAAAGAUUUUUCUCCGAAUGCAAAAUAUUAAAUGGAUCUUCAGGGGUCCGUUUUAUCUACACAAGAGAAGGAAGACCAAGUGGAGAAGCAUUUGUUGAAUUGGAAACAGAAGAAGAUGUGAAAUUGGCAUUGAAAAAAGACAGAGAAACAAUGGGACACAGAUAUGUUGAAGUCUUCAAGUCAAACAACGUUGAAAUGGAUUGGGUUCUGAAGCAUACUGGUCCUAACAGCCCUGAUACUGCUAAUGAUGGUUUUGUACGUCUUAGAGGACUUCCAUUUGGUUGUAGCAAGGAAGAAAUUGUUCAGUUUUUCUCAGGGUUGGAAAUCGUGCCAAAUGGGAUAACAUUGCCGGUGGACUUCCAGGGGAGGAGUACGGGGGAGGCCUUCGUGCAGUUUGCUUCACAGGAAAUAGCUGAAAAGGCUCUAAAGAAACACAAGGAAAGAAUAGGGCACAGGUACAUUGAAAUUUUCAAGAGUAGCAGAGCAGAAGUGCGCACUCAUUAUGACCCUCCUCGCAAAUUAAUGGCCAUGCAGCGGCCUGGUCCUUAUGACCGGCCAGGUGUGGGAAGAGGCUAUAACAGCCUUGGUAGAGGCAGUGGUUUUGAAAGAAUGAGACGUGGUGCUUAUGGUGGAGGCUAUGGUGGCUAUGAUGACUACAAUGGAUAUAAUGAUGGCUAUGGCUUUGGAUCUGAUAGGUUUGGAAGAGAGUGGACUCUUCUUUCUGCAGGAAUGUCAGAUCAUAGAUAUGGUGAUGGAUCCUCUACUUUCCAAAGUACAACUGGUCAUUGUGUACAUAUGAGAGGAUUACCGUACAGAGCUACUGAGAAUGAUAUUUAUAAUUUCUUUUCGCCUCUUAAUCCGGUAAGAGUACACAUUGAAAUUGGACCCGAUGGCAGAGUCACUGGAGAGGCGGAUGUUGAGUUUGCUACUCAUGAGGAUGCCGUUGCUGCAAUGUCGAAAGACAAAGCAAAUAUGCAACACAGAUAUGUAGAACUCUUCUUGAAUUCUACAGCUGGAGGAAGUGGUGGUGCAUAUGGAAGUCAAAUGAUGGGAGCAAUGGUCAAGGAAACCGAAGGGGUAGUUCAAGAUUGGAACACUAACACAUUGGCAGGAAGCCAAUCCAGUUAUGGUGGUCCAGCUAACCAGCAGUUAAGUGGGGGUUAUGGAGGAGGCUACGGUGGUCAAAGCAGCAUGAGUGGAUAUGUUUGGCAAAUGCCGAGUGAUCAAGAUUUGGAUCCAAACCACAUGAAACUAGUUCUGGCAUCUCAUGGUAACCAGACUGCAAUGAACAGCAGCUACUACAGCAGUGGUAAUCGUGCAUCCAUGGGGGUGAAUGGCAUGGCUGGAAUGUCCAACAUGUCCAACAUGAGUGGUGGCUGGGGAAUGUAACUUGUCACCUGAUUUUUUUUGUCAAUUUUUUUAAGAAAACAAAAAACUAAGUUUAACAGUUUUGCAAUACAAGCUUGUGAUUUAUGCUUUACUUGUAAGUGAAAUCAGGAUCAUUUUAAAACAUUCAGGUUCAGUAUUUUUGAAUAUGCUGAAACAUUCAUCUAGGGUGUAAGUCCAGUAAAGAAGUUCCUGUUAAACAACUCAGCUUUUUCCAGUUUUUGUUGUAGGAAUGUAUUUGAGCAGUAAGUGUAUUUAGGUUAAAGCUGUUUCAAUUAUGUUAAAUGUUGCUCUUAUGCCACAUAACACCAAACACUGUUUUCAGUGCAUGUUCGGGAACAUGCUUUUUGUACAAACAAGUUAUAGGAGCUGUGUUGGAAAUUCAAGUGAACCUUUGGCAUGUUAGUUCUAGUUUUUUCUUUUAAUAUCUUGUAAGGCACAUUUAUGCUUUUUAAGUUAAUAGGGAAAUGUGAGGUGCAAUACAGCUUAUUUUUAGGAUUUUGGUCUUAGUGUUCAGAUGACAUCUGAGACCUUGGUUUAAUCUUUCAUUGUGUUGUGAUUUAUUUUUAGGUGUAUUGCGCUAAGUGAAACUUGUUCAAAUAAAACUUCCUUUUAAAAACUGG